AUGUCGCUUCUAGGGACAAUUGCUCCUAAUAUCCCUCGAUCCCAGUCGGUAGUCAGCCACAACAUGCCACAAUUGCAGGAUUUCACCGACUAUGAUCAGUCCGAUCACAUGGGUCCUCAUACAGACAAUGCCGACAAGGAAAAGAGCGAAGAUGGGGAGACGCUCAACGACGAUAAGCACGACAUGGAGGCUCAUAUUGGCUCUCUGGCCAGGCAAUUGACCCGCCAGCUGACCCGUCAGUCUACAAGAUUGACAUCGAAGAGCACGCUGGAGAACCCGUUCUCUCUCGAAGACCCCGACUCGCCUCUCAAUCCCAACAGUCCUAAUUUCCGAGUGCGAGACUGGAUGAAGAUGCUACUAGAGAUCAGGUCUCGCGACCCAGAGAGAUACCCUGAACGUACAGCUGGUAUCGCUUUCAGAAGCCUCAGCGUCCACGGCUUCGGGUCCCCCACCGACUAUCAAAAAGACGUUCUAAAUGUGCUUCUCGAGUUUAGCACUAUAGCUCGUCGACUGAUUGGCAGAAAAAUGCCAAAGAUUCAAAUCCUCCGUGGCUUUGACGGAGUGGUGAGGAGCGGGGAAAUGCUGGUGGUUCUGGGAAGGCCUGGAAGUGGAUGUUCAACGUUUCUCAAGACAAUUGCGGGUGAGAUGAAUGGAAUCUCGGUUUCGGAGGAUACAGUGAUGAACUAUCAAGGUAUUUCUGCCAAGCAAAUGCACAAUGCCUUCCGAGGAGAAGCCAUCUAUACAGCAGAGACCGAUGUUCAUUUUCCACAACUCUCUGUAGGAGAUACCCUGGCUUUCGCCGCUGCUGCACGGGCACCACGCAACCGCCUUGAGGGCGUGACUCAGGAGCAAUAUGCUAAGCAUAUGAGGGAUGUGGUAAUGGCAAUGCUUGGACUUCCUCAUACAAUAAACACACGCGUGGGUAAUGACUUUAUCCGUGGAGUCAGCGGUGGCGAGAGAAAGCGUGUUACUAUUGCAGAGGCUACAUUAAGCCAGGCGCCACUUCAGUGCUGGGACAAUAGUACAAGAGGGCUUGACAGCGCCAAUGCUCUGGAAUUCUGCAAGAACUUGGCUUUGAUGAGCAAGUACACUGGCUCAACCGCCUGCGUGGCAAUCUAUCAAGCGUCGCAAAGCGCAUAUGACGUUUUUGACAAGGUCACUGUUCUCUAUGAAGGAAGGCAAAUCUACUUUGGACACACCAGAGAGGCGAAGGAAUUCUUCGUUAAUAUGGGAUUCGAGUGCCCAGAGCGACAGACAACAGCAGACUUUUUGACAUCGCUUACGAGUCCAUCGGAGCGUCUGGUUCGCCCUGGCUAUGAAGGCCGUGUGCCUCGUACACCUGAUGAAUUCGUUACCGCGUGGAAAAAUAGCGACGCAUAUGCCAAGCUCAUGAUGGAAAUUGAAGGGUUCGAAACGCAGUACCCUAUUGGAGGACCAUCUUAUGAUGCCUUUGUUGGUGCACGCAAGGCUAUGCAAGCAAAGCGUCAACGAGUAAAGUCACCAUACACCGUUUCGAUCCAGCAGCAAAUAAACCUCUGUGUCAUUCGCGGAUUUCAACGCCUUCGAGGGGAUUUCAGCCUUACAGCAACAGGUCUAAUUGGCAACUUUGUGAUGGCUCUAAUCAUUGCCUCAGUUUUCUACGACCUCCCAGACGACACUAGGAGUUUCUAUCACCGGGGAGCUCUUCUGUUCUUCGCGGUGCUCAUGAACGCAUUUUCAAGCGCGUUGGAAAUCCUGACUCUUUACGCACAGCGGCCGAUUGUGGAAAAGCAAUCAAGAUAUGCUUUUUACCACCCAUUUGCAGAGGCAGUGGCAUCAAUGCUAUGCGAUACCCCCUACAAGCUGAUCAACUCUGUCACGUUCAACAUACCGUUAUAUUUCAUGACCAACCUGCGUCGUGAACCUGAUGCUUUCUUCACCUUCUGGAUUUUCUCCGUGGUCACCACAUUUACCAUGUCAAUGAUUUUCCGAACUAUUGCCUCUGCAUCUCGUACACUUUCCCAAGCCCUUGUACCGGCAGCCACGCUCAUGCUAGCCAUGGUCAUCUACACUGGCUUUACUAUCCCCACUCGGAAUAUGCUUGGCUGGUCCCGUUGGAUCAAUUACAUUAACCCCAUUGCUUACGCGUUCGAAAGCUUCAUGGUCAAUGAAUUCGAUGGUCGGCAAUUUGAAUGUAUGGGUAUUAUCCCUUCUGGUGGCCAAUAUGAGAGCGUUUCUAUGGAGCACCGAAUUUGUGGAACAGUUGGUGCAGAGGCCGGCUCCUCGAUUGUUGACGGGUCCAUGUUCCUUGAGCUAAGCUACGAAUACUCGAGGAGUCAUCUAUGGAGGAACAUGGGCAUUAUGAUCGGAUUCAUGGUGUUUUUCACUUUAACUUAUCUUGCGGGAACCGAAUACAUAUCAGAACAAAAGUCAAAAGGCGAAGUCCUCCUUUUCCGCCGUGGCCGUCAACCCCACAUCUCUGUCAUUCAGAAUGAUCCCGAAAACCCCAGCUUACCUGCCAACGUUCCCCAGACCGAAGAAUCUGCGCCCCAACCGUCGGCAAAGAUCCAGAAACAAACGGCAAUUUUUCAUUGGGAAGAUGUCUGUUAUGAUAUUGAGAUCAAAAGACAACCAAGGAGGAUACUUGAUCACGUUGAUGGCUGGGUCAAACCUGGCACAUGUACUGCCCUGAUGGGCGUAUCUGGAGCAGGGAAAACGACAUUGCUUGAUGUUCUAGCCACCAGGGUCACAAUGGGUGUUGUAACCGGCUCAAUGCUUGUUGACGGACACCAGCGUGAUCAGUCCUUUCAGCGAAAAACAGGGUAUGUGCAGCAGCAAGAUCUUCACCUAGCUACAUCAACGGUACGGGAAGCUCUUGAAUUCAGUGCAAUACUACGUCAGCCUGCCCAUCUCAGUCGCCAGGAGAAGCUUGACUAUGUUAAUGAAGUUAUCAAGCUUCUGGGUAUGGAAGCAUAUGCGGAUGCCAUUGUGGGUGUACCUGGAGAGGGUCUGAAUGUUGAGCAACGCAAACGAUUGACGAUUGGAGUGGAGCUCGCUGCAAAACCUGAACUCUUGCUCUUUUUGGAUGAACCAACAAGUGGGCUUGACAGCCAAACCUCGUGGUCUAUUCUAGACCUGAUUGACACCUUGACCCAGCAUGGCCAAGCGAUCCUUUGCACUAUACACCAACCAUCAGCCAUGUUAUUCCAGAGAUUUGACCGGCUUCUGCUGUUAGCAUCUGGAGGGAAAACCAUUUAUUUCGCAAGGCCAGUUGGAGAAGCCGAUCCAAGUGCACUGAGCGAGUUUGCUGCGCCAUUCUACAUCCAACUCUGGGAAUGUCUGGUUCGAGUAUUUGCUCAAUACUACCGUACGCCAACCUACCUUUGGUCCAAAGCCGCUCUCUGCAUUAUUACACCACUCUUUAUUGGCUUUUCAUUUUUUGACGCCCCGACGUCCCUCCAAGGGCUCCAAAAUCAAAUGUUCAGUGUGUUCAUGUUGAUGACGAUCUUUGGAAACCUUGUUCAACAAAUUAUGCCCAACUUUGUCACUCAACGUUCUCUAUAUGAAGCACGAGAGCGCCCGUCAAAGGCAUAUUCCUGGAAAGCCUUUAUGACUGCUAAUAUUAUUGUUGAACUCCCCUGGAACUCGCUGAUGGCAGCACUCAUAUUCUUCUGCUGGUACUACCCUAUUGGCUUGUAUAAUAAUGCAAAGCCAACUGAUGCAGUAACCGAGCGUGGUGGCCUUAUGUUCCUGCUAAUCUGGACUUUCUUGCUCUUUACUUCAACAUUUGCUCAUAUGGUUAUUGCAGGGAUCGAAUUGGCUGAAACGGGAGGCAAUAUCGCAAAUAUGUUGUUUUCCCUCUGCCUGAUCUUCUGUGGUGUUCUUUCCUCCUCAAGUGAUAUGCCUCGUUUCUGGAUUUUCAUGUAUCGAGUCUCACCAUUUUCAUACCUGGUCUCAGCAAUGCUUUCGACAGGCCUGUCGGGAACGAAUGUCGAGUGCGAGAAUGUCGAGUAUCUCAGGUUCACACCACCCGACAACCAGACAUGCGAUGAAUACAUGCGCCCCUUCAUCAACUCUUCUAGAAGUGGCUACCUUCUCGAUCCCGGUUCUACCUCUGAGUGUUCGUUUUGCACAAUGGACAAGACCGACACGUACCUUGGGGAAAUUGGCAGCGACUUCUCUGAGGCCUGGAGGAACUUUGGCUUGAUGUGGGUGUACAUCGCGUUCAAUAUUGCUGGGGCAAUUUUCAUCUACUGGCUGGCUCGCGUACCCAAGGGAAAGAAAGCGUCUGGGACGACAUAG